UAUAUCGGGCCUUAGCCGUUGUCCCGCUCGCACGCACAACACUCCGCGCGCACGCACGAACAACGGCCAGCACGCACACGCACCAAGCCGCGCGCUCGCGGAUAUCACCUCGAUGUCGAGAGUGUCCUCAAGGCCGCACACCGCGAGCUCGCCGCCGAAUCCGCGACGUCGAGAGUGUCGCCAUGCAGCAGUCUACGCACGCCGCGAGCUCGCACUCAUUCCCACGACCUCGAGAGUGUGCCAACGCCCACGCCCGCGUGCCCGCCGCAACGUCCGCGUGCUCGAGAGUGCUGCCCAGUCCC